AUGACACAGAAGGCCAACCAUUGUAAAAAGGCUGUUAUCCUCUCAAAUGCUAUCAAUGAGGCAUGCAAAGCAUAUCAGGAGGAAAGCUGCAUCUGUGUUGCACCAACAUCCAGGAGGGAUUCAUUCAUAUGCCAAGAUGCCAUCAUGAAAAAAUACAAGCUGUCAAAGAAGAAGAUCGCAAUAAACCACAACAACUAUGAGCAGAAAAUUGAUGAGACAUACAGCAUUGUCCUUGAAGGCUGGAUGUGUGGGAAGAUUCAAAAUCCCAGAAAGAUUAACCACUGUGCAGACCUAGUGAUGCUCCUCAACACACUGGUGAAUGAGCAUUGCCUGUGGAUUCAACUCAUCAAAGAGCAAGUGGAUGGGGAGCCUUUCCCCCCGAAGUGCGCUUCAGGGGGGAGGGACAACUGCACCAACAAGGUUUGA